UUUAUAUUAAAUCAGAUAACUGAGUAUUUUAAUUUCGAAUAUUGAACUUUAAUUAUUUACAAUAGCUGGAAGGCAUAUAUAUAUGCGACAAUUAUAUAUUACGAUGCAGAGACCACAACGACAAGUUGAUUCGUUUGCCACGUUCAGAAGAGAGUUCAAGAUGGCGGCGCCCAGUCAAACUUUUGUUACUUGCUGUUUACUGGCAAAUAUUUGUUGCUCAAUUCUUAUAGUUUUGAUUAAUAAGUGGAUUUAUACAAAUUAUGGAUUUCCAAACAUUACGCUUACGUGCAUACAUUUUAUUUUUACGUCAAUUGGACUUGUUAUUUGUCGCUUCCUUGGUGUUUUCGAGCCAAAAAGUCUACCAAUCCAGAAAAUGAUUCCUCUUGCACUGACUUUCUGUGGAUUUGUUGUUUUUACAAAUCUGUCGUUGGAAACAAACUCUGUUGGAACAUAUCAGUUGAUAAAGACAUUGACAACUCCGUGCAUAAUGAUUAUCCAGACCUACUUUUAUGGAAAAUCAUUCUCUAUGCCUGUGAAACUAACUGUGAUACCUAUUGCAUUUGGAGUGUUUUUGAAUUCCAUGUUUGACAUCAAGUUCAAUGUGAUUGGUAUAACAUUUGCUUCCAUUGGCGUGCUUGUUACAUCUCUGUACCAGGUGUGGGUUGGGGAGAAGCAGCACGAGUUUCAAGUGAACUCCAUGCAGCUGUUGUACUACCAGGCCCCUCUGUCUGCCACACUGCUCGUGGUCAUCAUCCCGUUCGUGGAAGGUGUUGACUUGAAUAUAUUUCAGACGUGGCCAAUUGAGGCUAUUAUAGCAGUGGUGAUAUCAGGGAUGGUGGCGUUCAUGGUAAACCUCUCCAUCUUCUGGAUCAUCGGCAACACCUCACCUGUCACGUACAACAUGGUAGGCCAUAUGAAGUUUUGCCUCACCAUGCUGGGAGGCUUCCUGCUGUUCGCCGAUGUCCUCAACAUCUACCAGCUUGCUGGCAUCUUCACAACAUUCUCAGGUGUGAUGGGAUACACACACUUCAAGAUGAAGGAGAAUAAGGCUGUAGAACUGCCCGUAGCGGCCAAAACUAGCAGCUAGGCCCCUGCCACCAGGCACGGAAAAUGACAUCAAAGCAGGAAAUGACGAUCAAACAGAACAUUGGAUUUUUUUAAUCCCAAAAAAACUAGAUAUAUAAUAUCCCAAGAAAUGACUUCACAACAUAGUAUCAUUGUUAAUAAAAUGUUAGGGAAUAAUCUGAUUCCGUGGAUUUGAUUUCAAAUCAAAUCUUUCUUGAUGUGAGUUUUUUGCCUUUUAAACAAGGGGAGAAAAUGGUUUAGUUUUUAUAACUACAGCAAUUGAUUGUUCAUUGUUUAUUUACACUGCAUGUUUACAGUUACUGUACGCAUGAUGUUAUUAUUUAAACAAGAAAUUUGGAUUUUCGCCUUAUUUGCUGUUAUAAUAGGUAUUAUUCAAGAAAUUUUUAGAUCUUGGCCAUUAACUCUUCAAAUGAACACACCAAUUUUACUGGUGUAUGGAUUUACUUGCUUAGAAACGGCUCAAUAAGAACAUUGAAAUAAUAAUGUAUGUUUCUUUGUUCAAAUCAAAAUUGUACAGAUCUAUGUAGAUUAUUGGAAAUCUUAACUGUAUUCAUUGUUAAAUGAUAUCUUUUACGGUAUUAUUAUUCUGAAAGAGUCAAUUUUGAGAGAAACAGUGCUAAAAAUUGACAAAAAAGUUGAACAAAAUGAUUAUGAACAUUGAAUAAUUACCUAAUUAUUGUUUUGACAGCACCAGUUACAUUUUCCUCAUGCUUUUUACACAAUGUUACUACAAACAUUUACCUUUGAUAUUCACCUAUCUUGUACAUUCCAUUCCCUGCACACUCGACUGGCAUUUCCGGUGAAUUAGCCAUGUCCAAAAAUACUGUCUGGCUCCCCUAAUGCCAGAUGGGUCAGGGGCUACAUCACAUCACUUUUAUUUCUUUUACUGUAUGUUUUCUAUAAAUUCAUCAUGUCAUUUUAAAAAAGCAUAAUUUAAUAUAUAUUUUAUAGUUAUUCUUUUAAUUUAACAGGAAAAAAAUCAUCUCUGACAUGCUGUGUUGACGGUAACUGAGCAAGCCUCGUUACCAGCUAAAGCAGAUGCCCUCCAGGCAGAUUUUUCUAUCUGGACCGGAAUUAUUUGUUUUAUUAUAUAAUUAUUUCUUUUUUUGUAAACUGAUAUUUUAGUAAAUGACUGGAAAAUUCAAGGACAGUCAAAAUGCCUAUCUUAAAUGUUUCAAGUCGUUCUGUUGUUCAGUUAGUUUGUUAUGUGUUCUGUUAUAUGACAAUGUUCAUUUUUAGAUUUUUAGCUUACCAUUUAAAGAACGAGUGCUUUACAGUCACACCUGCAUGGCAUUGCUGUUGUUUGCUUGUAGUAUGGAUGCAGACCACAAUCUUGCUCAUUCUGGGGUUUAUUUUUAUGCUUUGUUAACAUGAGCAAUUGAUACAUUGGGCAAUGGCUGUGUGUGUUCUUAUUUUCUGUGAAGAAAUCCAUACUUUUUUACAAAUGAUUUGACAAUUUUGUUUUAUGGUUGAAUAUAGGGUUUGUUUUAUAGGAUUUAUUUAAUAUUUAUUUGAUGACAAUUUGUGGGACGAUACAAGUAUUAUAUUUGCAUCAUCGUUUUCUUCACGCUUAGAGGCAAAUCUACUGCUGCUUUGUCUGCUUGGCAUUUAUUUAUAUUAUUAUUUUAUUAUUUCAUAUACAUGGUUCUGUUAAAAAAAUAAAACAUUGAAUAGAUGUAAAAUCCUGCAGAAUUAUAAAUUUAAUGUUGAUAAUAGUGAAUACCAGUAAAUAGUGAUUGUUUAAUACUAUAAUUGCAUUUCAAUUAAACUUUCCUUUGAAGAAAAUAGUGACAUGUUAAGUGUUUUUUCUGAAAUAAUAGCAUUAUAGAAACAGAUAUUUUGUUGAAUACUGAUGUAAGAUCAAUAUUUAAGUUACUCAUGAUCCAGACAAUUCUAAAUUUGUGAAUAGCUGUCCAUCACUUGCUAUAAUUUAGGUUUCUGUGAACAGUCAGUGAAAUAAAAAUCUUACACCGAACCUCAAUAUGAUUUGAUGUGGAGACCACAUUCACUAUCUUAAAUAGCUCUUACAUUGGAUUACCAUUCGUUGUAUCUGGACCAAAACCUUUCCAUUGUCCACAAAUGUUGUUUUUGUGUUUCAAGCAGUUCAAUUAACUGUCCUGUAAGAUAUGUUUUAGUUUGAAAGCAUCAUGUAAAACCUUAAUUAUGAAAAUAUCAUUGUCAACCAACUAGGCUUGAUAAAAAAUAAAAAUAACAUGUUCUCCAUAGGCUGAGUGACAUACCAUGAAAUUUGUGUCUUUUGCCUGCAAUUCUUAAAGUUUAAGCAUGGUUCUUAAUUGAGGACAAUCAUCAAUUUAAAAGGCUAUAAAUAAAAGUAAAUUACCAUUCUACAUUGCAUUUGCCUAUCAGUAAUACAAAAAGUGAACAUUCACAUUCAUACUUGUUAACUACUUAUGUUAAGUAAACCAAGUAUUUUUCACAAGAAACAACUAUAUGUUCACUGGCAAAUCAUGUUGGAUAUCAAUAUCAGUUUGGAUGAUGUCUUUAUGAUUUUCUUGUUAUAUUUAUACGCAUUAAAUAUGUAAAUAAUUAUACUAGUAUUAUUUUGUGACAUAAUAUCAUGAAAAAACCUACAUUUUUUAUGACUGUUGUUCGUCUUGAGUAACCAUUUCUCCAAAACAUAUAUAUAGUGUAUAUGACCUAUUUAAGUGUUUGUUUAUGUUACUUCCAGCAAUAUACUACUCAAAAUUUGUUAAUAAUUCAUCUACCACUAAUAGUUCCUUUAAUGUAAAAGCCUUAAACUUAAGAGAUAUUGAUUUGUAACUAACAGGUCUUUUAUUAAAGAAAUUUGAUAGAAUCGCAGGAACUGUAGCAGUAACUGUGCUGUUUGUGCCAUAGGACAAUUGAAAGAGUUUAAAUACAUCAAUUUAAAUGAUAAUAUUUUAUUUUUUUGAUAAACCUUAUUAGAAUUCUAAAAGAUUGAUCAGUUCAACUGAUAAUAUUGAUGAGAAAGGAUUUUUUUGUCAAACAAUGUCUUUCUAGUUUAGUCAAACAGAAUACCAUAAGUCAUUACGACAUUUCAUAUUUUCUUCAGCAUAUAGAUAUUUCCUAACCAAAAUAAUUAUAGGGGAUCCUUAGCAAUAUUAGAUUAGUAUAUUAAUGAAUGUAUGUUCUCUUGGGUUUACCAGGUUAGAAAAUAAAACAAUAAAAGUU